UUUGCCUUUGGUAGCCAAAGUGCCGCGUAAUGUGUAAUGGAGAGAGCCUUUUUGCCAGCGACGGCAACAUGAUGUGAAACAUGGCAAUCGAAUCAGCCAAACCCAUUUAGAGUCAUCAAUUGGCGGGGCCAACGAGUUACACACACACACACACACAUACACUCACACACAGCGCGCAGCGGGACCAAUGCACAGCAUGGCGGCCAACAACAAGAGCAGCAGGAACAGCAGAAGCAGCAGCAGCAGUCGCUGCUUGCCAGGCACACAACGUUUGCUGCUUGCGCUGCUCUGGACGCUCUGCCUGCUGAGCUGGGCGUGGGCCGAUGAUUGGUCACUGAGCUGCGCUUCCAACUGCACCUGCAAGUGGACCAAUGGCAAAAAGUCAGCCAUUUGCAGUUCGCUGCAAUUGACAAGCAUACCGAAUACGUUGAGCACGGAGCUGCAGGUGCUGGUGUUGAAUGACAACCACAUACCAUAUCUGAAUCGUGAGGAGUUCUCGGCGCUGGGACUGCUCAAUCUGCAGCGCAUAUAUCUGAAGAAAUCGGAGCUGCAGUAUAUACACAAAGAGAGUUUUCGCAAUCUGAAGAUAUUGGUGGAAAUCGAUUUGUCCGAUAAUAAGCUGGAAAUGCUGGACAAGGACACAUUCAUGGGCAACGAUCGCUUGCGCAUACUUUAUCUGAAUGGCAAUCCGCUGAAGCGUUUGACGGCGUAUCAGUUUCCCAUAUUGCCGCACUUGCGCACGCUGGACAUGCACGAUUGCCUAAUAUCGUAUAUAGAUCCCAUGUCGCUGGCCAAUCUGAAUCUGCUGGAGUUUCUCAAUCUGAAGAACAAUCUGCUGGAGAGUCUAAGCGAGUAUGUGUUUCAGCAUAUGGCCAAUCUGAAGACACUGUCGCUGGAGGAGAAUCCCUGGCAAUGCAACUGCAAGCUGCGCAAAUUUCGCAGCUGGUAUGUAAGCAGUCGACUGAGCUCCGUGGCGCUGGUGUGCAAAGGACCGCCAGCGCAAAAGGAUCGCAGCUGGGACAGCGUGGAUGAUGAGCUCUUUGCCUGUCCGCCGCGCGCUGAAAUCUUUAACAACGAGGAGGUCAGCAACAUCGACAUAGGCAGCAAUACAACAUUCAGUUGCUUAGUCUAUGGCGAUCCGCUGCCCGAGGUAAGCUGGGAACUCAAUGGCAAAGUGCUGGACAACGACAAUGUGCUGUUCGACAAUGAGAACAUUGCCUCGGACAAGCUCUGGAGCAAUCUCACAGUGUUCAAUGUCACCAGCUUGGAUGCUGGCACUUAUGCCUGCACUGCCAGCAAUGUGAUUGGCUCCAUGACCCAGAACAUCAGCAUCUAUCUGAGCGAAAUAGUGCAGCAUGUGCUGGUGAAGACGCCGGAGACGUUCUGGUACUUUGGCCUCAUCAUGGGCAUCUUUGGCACCGUUUUUCUGCUCAUUGCCAUUAGCUUUGUCGUUUGUCUAUGCAAACGCACCACGCGCCAGCAUCGACAUGCCAACAAGGCGGGCGUCAAGUCGAGCGUCAGCUUUAAUGAUCAGGAGAAGAAGCUGCUGGACUCGAGUGUCACCACCACCACCAACGAUCGUGGCGAUAGCUACGGCAUUGACAACAAUCCCAGCAACGUUAUCAACAAAACCGAUUCCACUUUGGGCUUCAAUCAAAUUGAAAUACACGCAGUCGAGCAGCAUCGCCAGCAGCAGCAGCAGCAACAACAGCAGCAACAGCAGCAGCAGCAGCAACUUCAGCAGCAGCAGCAACAGCAGCAACAUUUGCGUCAACAGCUCAUCAGUGUGCCCACCUCCAUGGCUGGCUAUCAGCAUGUCCAUGCGCACUCGCAUCAGCAUCAGCAUCAGCUGCCCGAGGAGUUUCCAUUGAAUGUGGGCGUGUUUCCACCGCCACCUGAAUUCUGCUCCAACAUGGUGCCCAAUCCCACAUUUGGCAACAUUUUCAUACGCGUCUCGGUCACGCAGGAUAUGCUCGAUGGUGCCGACAUUAACAUGUAUCCCGAUCUGCUCAACAUACCCAAGCGACUGCAGGAUGUGCCCGAUGCUGCUGGAGGCGCCGCCAGCAGCGACAGCCAAGCGGUAGCGCAGUUCGCCACGUUGCCACGCCACACCACACGCCGUGGCAUACUCAAGAAAGAUCCUUCGCUGCAGCAGACCGCCGCCGCUGCAGCCAAUCUCUAUGCGCAUGACGAGAUUGUCACCUACAAUCUGGAAACGGGCGCCUAUCAGUGCGGCAUGGAGCUGCCACCGCCGCCACCACCACCAGCCGUCAAUGCUGUGGCGCAGUGUCAUCAUCCCGUGCCCGUUUCGGCGGCCAAUUGUGUGAGCUGCAUCAAUGCAGCGCAAGCUGCUGCCGCCAGCUGCAGCACGCCGCCCAACAUGGAAGCGACACCGCUGCGUCCACUUUGCAAGGCGGACAGCGGCGCCUAUCCCAAGUACGACAACAUGGGCAGACGCAUUACCGCCAGCGGCGGCCUCAGCACUGAAACUGAAACGCUCUUCAACGAGGCCGAGGAGCAGACAAGCGGCGCUGAGAGCGAAGCGAAGACAACAGAGCGACAAGCGGAGGCGUCGGAGCCAACUAGCAGCACUGUGGACAAGGGCGGCAGUGAGUUUGUUUCGCUCUAGUACUAUGGUACGCAAGUGUAAAUAGCACCAUGGGGUCAAUAGCUACUAUUUAAUGUCAUAUCAGCUCUAUUGACUCUUUAUGGGUUUGUAAAGCGAUCGUCAAAGCAAUUGUGGCAAAAUCAAAAAACGAGAUUAUGAGCAUGACUUUUAGUUUGGAUUCAGAUAUAGAUAUAUAUAUAUAUAUAUUAGGCAAUGCUUAUAGCGCUCUCUGCAACAAAUACUAGACCAAAAACCUUCUCCACGCUCCUUCUCUAAACUGUACAAAGUGAAGACUAGACUAGGAAUAUUUGAUUUUGAAACCUCCAAUUUGGUAGCUUCGUGGAUAUAUAUACGAUAUAUACAUAUGUAUAUGUAGC